CUGUAUAUAAAAGAGUGGUGUAUGAAUUGUGCAACAGAAAGUAUGUUCACAUACUGGGGACACAGAAAGGGCCAUGUAACGUGCGCCCAGGGCAGUGGUGCUGAAACAGACUUGCAGAAACUUCGAGUAGAAAUUACAGGCUGCACCACACUGCUCACACGGAGACACAUGCAGCAACUAACUUCCCUCAUCCUUUUGAACCUGGCUGGGUUGUGUUUUUCAGCAGCUCCUCCUCCAACAGCAGCUCCACUUUUCACUAGGCCGUUUGUGGUCAUAUGGAAUGCCCCCAUCUACAGAUGCAAUCAACUGCAGGUGCCACUGGAUUUGGAUGUGUUUCAGGCCGUCACCACACCAGCCAAAGUCCCGAACCAAACACUGACUCUCUUCUACAAAAAUCGAAUAGGGCUCUUUCCUUACACAGACGUUAAAACUUUGACACAGUACAAUGGUGGCAUUCCACAGAAGGGAAACCUAAAUGCCAGUCUGCAAAAAGCCAAAAAAGAGUUCAACCAGUACAUUCCAUCAUCCAUACCUGGCCUGGCUGUCCUGGACUGGGAGGAGUGGUUUCCUUUGUUUGACAGAAAUGCAGACUUAAGAGAGAUCUAUAAGGCGCUAUCCAUAAACUACACCCUUCAACAGAAUCCAUCCCUCACAAGCAAACAAGCUACAGUGAAAGCCAAAGAGCAAUUUGAGAAAGCUGCCAGAAGUUUCAUGGAAGAAACGUUGAAGUUAGGAAUCUCACAAAGACCAAAUUUUCUCUGGGGCUUUUAUUUGUUUCCUGACUGCUACAACUACGAUUUUGAGAAACCAAGCUAUACAGGGAGAUGCUCUCAGACCACAAUACAGUUAAAUACUGAACUUCUCUGGAUGUGGGAGGCAAGCACCGCCCUCUUACCAUCAGCAUACAUGCCUGUUUCUAUAAGUGGAACCCAGAAAGCAGCGCUAUUCAUCCGAAACCAGGUGCUAGAGGCGAUGAGAGUCGCAGAUAUGCCUCAGCGGCCCUACACUGCACCUAUUUAUUUGUACCUGCGACCCCAUUUGCUGGAACAGAAAGAGCAAUACAUGCAAGAGGUUGAUCUGAUUCGGAGUAUUGGUGAGAGUGCAGCUCUGGGGGCUGCUGGAUGUGUGCUAUGGGGAUCUAGCUAUGAUUUUAAUGACAAGGCAUCAUGUGAAUCCCUUUCUGCCUACUUGUCUAACACACUAAAUAAAUACAUCAUCAAUGUUACAACUGCGGCUGAACUGUGCAGUGACCUGCUGUGUCAAGGCAAUGGGCGCUGUGUCCGUAAAAGCUAUGACUCAGACGACUAUCUACACCUCAACAUAAGCAGCUUUAAUAUACAGAAGAUUGAUGGGAUGUAUAACAUCACUGGGGAACCUUCUAUCACCGACCUCACUGCCUGGGCUGACAAGUUCACCUGUCAGUGCUAUGAGGACAAGAAAUGCACAGCUCAAAUUCCCUCCGGAUUUGAGUAUAGUGAUAGAAGUGUCGCUGGACACCUGACAGUACUGCUUGCUGCAUAUCUGCUAGGUGAAUUGUCAUAGUUUUCAAGAAAGUCACACAUUUUACACUGAAUGAAAUGAGGAAAUAAACCUUCUGGAGAAUUCAAAUCAACAUCUUAAGAACACUCAUUUCCUCCUGUCCCGAAUCCUGCAAUUAUAAAUGACUGCAUUCCACUGAUUACCUGUGAUGUUUCAUCUUUAGCCACAUCUAUAUUAGUAAUUUGUAAAGGUUCAUGUUUUUUUACAUGACUGAAGUAAAUGUCUACUGCUACAUAAAUAAUGUACAGUGAACAUAAUAAUAAUUUACUGCAGAAUAUAUAGUGCUUUGGCUUGGCCAUUCCAGGACAUAGAACUUCUUACUAUUAGCUUAUAUUAUAUCCAGUUACAAUCGCAAAGCAGCUGCCUCAACACUGGUGUGUGCCGUGGGGCUCUAGCUAUGAUUUUAAUGACAUGGCAAUGACUUGUGUUUUUAUAAAUCAUAUUAGUUUUUAAUUCCAUUUUCUUUACAAAACAAGAUUUUUUGCUCUUUAACAUCUGACUCAACCCAUCAGCUGCAGUAAUUAACACAGUGCUUAAUGAGGUUAAAAUGGUUCUGUUGGAGCUGGGAAUAAGCCAAUAUGUAGUCCUACACUGCAGAGGCAUCCAAGAACUUGAUUAAGAAAAAUAUGCAAUAGUAAUGUAGCCCAAUAUUUGUGGAGUUUUAUGCUUAAUUUUUUAAAAUAAAUUAUUUUUAUUCACAAUAUGUAUUGUUUCCUCUGAUGUACAGUGGGGUUCAAAAGUCUGAGACCACACUGAAUAUCUGGGAUUUUUUUUUUUUCAUUUAAAAUUGGAAAUAAACAGAAGGUUUUAGAAUUUUAAAUUUUAAAAACAAAGAAAGUAAAUGUUCAAUAUCUUGAAUAUUUAAUAUUCAAGGUCCCUAUUUACAGUAAAUGUAAGCAGAUUAUUUCUAUUUCUAUUUCUAGGUCCCUUUAUAAAUGUAAGCAAAUUAGUGUUAUUGACCAUGUUAACUGCUUUGUACAAAAGGUCAGAUUUUCUCUCCUCUUCUAUUGAAGCAUGUGUUCAAACGACACUCCAAUGAAUUUGAUCAAAAAUGGAUCAUAAGGUUUUGCAACUUGUGGAGUCCAUGCCAGCUCGAGUGCACACUGUUAUUAUAGCAAAAAGGGGACAUACCAAAUACUAAUAAACUAAGAUUCUACUUUUCACUCAAGUUGUUGUCAAUAAUAUAAUUUUCUAUUGAAAAUUGUUGUAUUAGAUUAGAAAAUAAUGCAAAAUAGAAGCAUUUUCACUAGUGCUCUCAGAGUUUUGGACCCCACUGUAUGUCAAUGUUUAGAGCCGUAGGUGAUGAUGAAUAAUACUUUGCCUGUAAUUCAAACUUACUUUUCAGGAAUCAUAUGAAUCUCUUUCUAUAUACUUGUCUAACAAUAAAUACGUAUGCUGUCAAUGUUACACCUGUGGCUGAACUGUGCAGUGACCUUCUGUCAAGGUAAUGGACACUGUGUCUGUAAAAGCUAUGACUCAGAUGACUACCUACACUUCAACAUAAACAGCUUUAAUAUACAGAAGAUGGAUGGGAUGUAUAAAGUCACUGACCUUACUGCCUGGGCUGACAAGUUCACCUGUCAGUGCUGUGAGGACAAAAACUGCACAGCUCAGUUUGAAUCUUUAUCUAGCUACAGUAAUGUUUAGAAAUGUAAUAUGACAAUUAAAAAAUAUUUUAAUUGCACCAAAUAUUUCUGAUGUUUAAAUAUAACUUCAUAUGAUUCAUAUAAGAUAACCUUUCAGCACAUUCUUUUCUACCAUUUAUGUAUAUUCACCCAGUUUUUUUCUUGGGUGCUAUGUUGCUUG